AUGUCACACGCCGCUGCCAAGGUGUUUGACAUCCCAGAGUUAUUUGAGAUGAUCCUGAUCGAGGUAACACUACAAGCUAUAGCUGAUGAGGAUUCAAAGAAGUUCAACCCGGGCUUGUGGGAGGAGUGGGAAAGCAGACGCCAUCGCGAAAUGGAGCCCAUCACAUCACUCUCACGUCUCAAAGUGGUAAACAGGACAUUUUCAAAUUGUAUCCGCCAAUCUUCCAAGAUCCAACGCGCGAUGUUCAGUGGACCAAUCUCAACAAGUAUCGACUGCAACAAAGGAGGGUUGGUCCGGCCGCUGAGAUGGUUUAACACCAACGUAUUAGGCACCUACGAUACCGGGCGAAGUCCCGGGUAUCUCUCCAAAUUUGGGUAUGAAGACUCCAACGUCAUUAAGAACGGUAUCAAUACUGUCAAGAGAACGAAAGACUAUGAAAGUACACCACUUCAUAGACUUGCUUUGUUUCGCCAAACGAAGGCCAAGCAUCCGCAAGCAUCAUGGCGUCGAGUCAAUCUCGGGGUAGAUGCUAUUCAGGACAGGGUAAUGCGAAUGUUUAUCAAAUUCCGUAGACCUCGAGGGUUUGGCGAAAACCAAAACACUUACGUCGAAGAUUGGGUGUUCAAUGCGAACUCUACGCUGGGAGACGUCUUCGACCAUUUCACCGAAGUUGUGGAUCGAACAUCGGUGGGGCAUGGAAGAAGGGCAUUGUUGUUCAAUAAGUGA